AUGUGUGGGAUAGCGGUAACUGUGUUCCUUUCAAGGCUAGAAAAAGAUGUGGCAGCCAAACUGCUUCAAUUAGAAUGCCACUUUACAAUGGAUUUGAAAAAAGAAGAUAUUUACAUUGAUGAUCUCGCAGAUAGAGGAUGGUCCUAUUUGAAGUUCUUACAGAUACAUUAUAAGAGAGCAAAGGAGUGUUUUGAAAAGGCUCUAGAAGAGCCUGAUGAGACAGAGUGGAACACUCGUUAUACCAAUGCACUGUAUCGCCUUGUAAGUUUAGAGGGAGAAGAGAAUGCUGAAAACUCUGCCGCUUUGAAGCAGUUAAGACAUAUUCUGCUGCUAGAACAAAAAAAUGCAAUUAUAAUAUCAAUCCUGGGAUUACAGCUGCAGAAAGUUAAGCAGCAGGAAGAUUAUUACAUUAGCAGAGCAACAGUCUGUUUCAGAAAAUAUGGGUCUGUAGAUCAAUCCCUGGAACUGUUAAAAGGGCUUCUGACAGUGGUACCCAAUUCAGGUUUUCUCCAGCAUAAGAGAAGCCUCUGUUACAAAGGGAAAAUGGUCCAGAUCCAAGAGGAAGCAGGCUUUAAUCAGAACAGCACAGACAGCGAUAGCGCUGCCAGACUGAGCAUUUACCACUUUGAAGUUGCAGACAGAUAG